CUUCAACCAGGCGCUGAUGAUAUUUUGUGUUUAGGUUUUAUGUUGACAAAUAUUCUUUGUUGUUUACUAACAUUGAAGUAUAACUUAGGAUGACAUCAGGGAAAGAUGCAAUGGGCGAACAACCAAUAUUUACUUGUAAGGCCCAUGUCUUUCACAUUGAUCCUAAAACAAAGAGGUCCUGGAUACCUGCUUCUACUCUUGCUGUCAAUGUUUCUUUUUUUUAUGAUUCUUCCCGGAGUUUAUACAGAAUUAUCAGUGUAGAAGGAACCAAGGCUGUUAUAAAUAGUACUAUUACUCCUAGCAUGACUUUCACAAAAACAUCACAAAAAUUUGGUCAGUGGUCAGAUAUACGUGCCAAUACUGUUUAUGGGCUUGGAUUUUCUUCAGAAGCUGAGUUGAAUAAAUUUAUCGAGAAGUUUCAAGAAGUUAAAGAAGCUACAAGAAGUGCUAGCAACAAAGCAUCUAAUGGCACUGUGAUAACUACUCCAGUAACAAGUGCAAAUGCUAGUCCUGUUACAACUCGGGCUAGUGGUGGUGCUUUGAGUGAUGCAGGGCCCUUAUUGGAUCCACCCUCGAUGCAGCCCUCCUGCACUUCACCAGCCCCAGCAUCUACCUCACAGGAUGAUACUGGUGGACAUCACCGUACUCCACAAUCCUCGGUUUCUCAGCCUAAUGAUAGCCCUAAACACCAAUCAAAUGAAGGAAAAUCUCCAGCACCUGGACCUACAUCUUCAACUGAAGUACAGCUGAAAUAUGAAAACGACAGACUCAAAUUGGCUCUUGCUCACAGCUCAGCAAAUGCUAAGAAAUGGGAAGUGGAAUUAGCUACUCUUAAAAAUAAUAACAUGAGGCUUACAAGUGCUCUUCAAGAAAGUACAGCAAAUGUUGAUGAAUGGAAACGACAGUUACAUUCUUAUAAAGAAGAAAAUCAAAGGCUUAAAUCCAAGUAUAUAGAACUUGAAGCUGCUAAAGGUGGAACUGAGGCUGCUGUUGAACUACGAAAAGAGCUAGCAACUCUAAGAUUAAGAGUUGAAACAUUAGAAGUUGAGCUGAAAAGUAAAGAAGAAGAUUUAAAAAGGGUUACUGCUGGAAAACAGCCAGCUGAAGAUAGAUGCAAAGCUUUGCAACAAGAAAAUGCUGAACUUCAAGCUGGUGUUUCUCUUGCACAAGCUCAACUUGAAACAGCUCUAGCUGCUCAUGAAUCUCAAAGGAGGGUUAUGGAAACGUUAAAUGCCCAACUUCUUGUCCGUAUUCAGGAACUUGCUGGAAUACAUCGUGAGAUUGCUACUGCUUUGCAAACAUGAGUAAACACCCACUUGCAAAUGGCAGCGACAAUAUCGCAGGCAUUUGUUGACUGUAUAUAUCAUUUGGCAGAAAGAAAAUGAAAGGAUGGGUCCCUAGAUUGAGAAUUUGCUGUCUACUUGUAAUAUUAAUUUUUGGGACUACUCAACGAUCAAAGUUAUUAGGAUUGAAAUUAUGUGUUUUAGCUAUCGAUGGUCGUUAUUUCAUGGGAUAUGCUGUGACAUAUGAUUUCACUUGUACAUGCUCACAUAUGUAAAAUUAUUACAUAUGGUUGUAAUGUUGUUAGAAAUGUGUUACUUCUUAUGGUUAGAUGAACUAAAACUGGCCUUGCAUGGCUGAUAUUAUUAUGGAGACUGUUUUAAUUUUUUUUUGUUUAUUUUUUUUUUUAAAUCAAAACAAGAUAUUAAAUCCUCAUCCUCUCAUCUAUCAAACAUAGUAUGGUUAGCUGUAUUUUUAUUAAAUAGCAUGUCUUAACACACUUACCAGAUAAAACAAAAAGCAUUUCAUUUUUAAAAUUGAAUCUCAUUUAUUAUUGAAAUAAAUUAUCAUCCUGCAAAUGAUGCUAAUACUGUUAUUAAAUUUUAGCACUGAUCUUUCUGCCU